AUGGACCAUAUAGUAUCAAACAAACCACUUGAAUAUUGUUUAAGUAAUUUGGUAGGUAUAGAUAUAGAUGAAAUUAGAGAAGAUGAGAUAGACAGGAUUUCAGUAAAUAAUACUCAACUGCUUUUGAACUCUAUAUGGAAAGAUAUACCGAGAGAAAUGACAAAUGAUGGCUUAAUGGUAAUAUUACCUAUGAAGCAAAUAAUCCAAUUUCCUAGGGUAUAUGCUUUGCCUGAAAUGAGAGAAAAGACUAAAUGGGAGAAAUUUGCAGAAAUGAAAGGUAUUAAGAAAAGAAAGAGGUCUAGGAUGAUUUAUGAUCCUGUAACAGAUGACUUCGUCCCAAGAUGGGGUAAAAAUUCAAUUAAGAAAAUACAUGAAAAACAUAAUAGGGCAGUUAUAGAAAUUAAAAAUAAUAUAGAUCUAUAUGAGCAUCCUAGGGAAAAGAUUUCAAGAGAAAAGGAAGUGGCUAAGAAUAAACAGAAAUUAAGAGAAAUGAAAAAUAAGAAACAGACAAAGGAGGAUGAAAGUAAGUUGCCAUUAGGAGUUGUUAGCUUAAGAGGUGGCAAUCAAAGAAGAACGAAGGAUGAGAUAGCUAGGUUAUAUGACAGAGUUGCAAUUUCAACAGCAUCCUAUGGUAGAAGAGACAAAAUAUUACCUAAUGAAGUCAACAAAGUCAGAAAUACUGGUAAUAAGAAGAGACUUAUUAAUAUAAAAACUGAAUCUCAGGUAUACAAAGAUAUAAUCAAUAAGUUGUGUUAG